AUGCAUGCAAGUGGACAUCCUGUCGUUUAUAACGACAGGAUGUGUUUCCUCUCCAUGGCCUUAUCUGCCUUCUUGAGUACGUUUAGGAUCCCCGAACUGAAGAAAGGAUUCUUCCCCCAUAAAUUUCAUAUGCCAGACCAUCAGAAUUACGUCGGACCGCUCCCUGCAGCCGAAUAUUACGAUCCCGAGGGUUUGUCGCAAAAUAAAAAACAAGAAUUUGAAACGUGGUACGCGCAAGAGCAGAGAAAGAACCAACCGUUUCACCUCAAAGAAGAAUUGAUAGCGUACUGUUGUUCCGAUGUGAAGCUGUUGAAAGCCGGAUGCCAAAAAUUCAUAGAAGAGUUUCAAUCCAUCGCCAAAUUUAAUCCCAUGGCAAAAUGCGUGACCAUCGCACAAGCCUGUAACCGAUAUUGGCGAAAAUGCGUCAUGACACCAGAGUCUAUUACUAUAGAACCAGAAUGCGGCAGGGAAGGUGCCACGCCCAAUCAUUCGCACGUGGCCUUAGAAUGGUUACUCUGGACCGAGCGAAACUUGGGAACAAGACUUCAGCAUGCGAGAAACGAUGGCGAAUACAGCAUUCCUCACGAUCCUACCGUGUAUAGUGUAGACGGUUACGAUGCUCAAACCCGUACGGUUUACGAAUUUCAUGGGUGUCUCUUCCACUGGUGUCGAGAGUGUUACCCGCAAAGAAGUCAGAUUCCCUUCUGUAGCUCGGGACUUACCGUAGAAGCUUGCCGGCGUCAGACGGCCCAGAAAACCACCAAAUUGCGUCAAUUGGGGUACGCCGUCGUAGACAUGUGGCAGUGUCAAUGGGAACAACUCAAAAAAAUCAAGCCAGACCUCCGCGACUUUGUCCAGUCUCUCUCCUUGACCACACCCAUUCACCCUCGCGAGGCGUUUUUUGGCGGAAGGACUGAAACGACCACGCUUUACCACCGCAUAGACCCCACCCAAAGAGAACAGAUCCGAUACGUCGACGUGACCUCAGAAUAA